CCCAUGUCCCACGUGACCACCAAAGAUGACAGCUCGCUAGCGCCCGGCUGUCAAGAUUGAUGUUUUGAUCGCAAAAAUGCAGUCUGAAAAUGCUGUUUAAAUAUCUUAUGCGUGCAUUGUGAUCGAAUUGGAAUCUGCGACAAGUGUUUAUAAAAAAACUAAGCUCGAUUCUCGCACAUAUUGUAUUAAAGAUGAUAUCGACGAGAUAUGUGUCAUUCCUGUCGGGAAUAGUUAUAGCUUCCAUAACAUGGGCUUUCAGCCUGUACCUCUAUUCAAGAUUGUCGCAGAACAGCAUCAGUGCCAGUCCUACGAUAUUGGUGCCUGGCUUUUCUGUUCAUGGGGAAAGAGAAAUCGAUAAGGAAAUCAUGUUGCGGGACAACGUUAUCAGCGCUCGAAACGAAAAGCAUAUUCUAUCCGACAAGAAGGCCUACAAUCUGAAGAGCGAGAAAGAUUACAGGGCUAACAAUCUGCUCUUGCAACAGCUACAACCCGUACCAGUCAAGCCUGCAGUCACCUUGGAUCAAGGUUUAGAUGAAUUGGGUAUGGUAAAAAAUAUGGAGGAUCAGCGAAAGAGAGACACUGGCUACAAGAAUUUUGCCUUUAAUGUUCUGAUAUCGGACAACCUUGGAAUACAAAGAAAUAUACCAGACACAAGACACAAAUUGUGCAAGACGCAAAGAUAUUCCUCCAAUUUGCCAAAUGCCAGUAUAAUUAUCUGUUUUUACAACGAGCAUUACACGACGUUGUUGCGAUCCUUGCAUUCUAUAAUCGAGAGGACUCCAGCGGCUCUCCUGCACGAAAUUAUCUUGGUGAACGAUUAUAGCGACAGCGACACGUUGCACGAAAGAGUACAGGCAUACAUUAAAAAUCAUUUUGACGCUAAGGUGCGACUGUUUAAGACAGAGAAAAGAGAGGGCUUGAUCAGGGCACGGGUUUUUGGAGCGAGAAAAGCUAGUGGCGAUGUCCUAAUCUUUUUAGACAGCCAUAUAGAAGUAAAUGAAAUAUGGAUAGAGCCGCUUUUAUCGAGGAUCGCUUAUUCUAAGACUAUCGUACCGAUGCCAGUAAUCGAUAUUAUAAAUGCAGACACAUUCCAAUACACUGGCAGCCCAUUAGUGAGGGGUGGAUUUAACUGGGGUCUUCACUUUAAGUGGGAUAAUUUGCCAAUUGGGACUUUGAAACAUGACGACGAUUUCGUAAAGCCUAUCAAAUCGCCAACAAUGGCUGGAGGAUUGUUCGCUAUUGAUAGAGAAUAUUUUUCAAAGAUGGGAGAAUACGACACUGGCAUGGACGUGUGGGGUGGAGAAAACCUUGAAAUAUCAUUCCGAAUAUGGAUGUGCGGUGGUAGUAUCGAGUUGAUUCCCUGUUCAAGAGUGGGUCAUGUGUUUAGAAGACGAAGACCGUAUGGUUCGGACGAUUCGCAUGACAGCAUGUUGAAGAACUCGUUGCGAGUCGCGUACGUGUGGAUGGACGAAUAUAAAGAUUACUUUUUGAAAACUGCUAAAGCAAUUGAUUACGGCAACGUCUCGGAACGGGUAGCACUGCGUCAGAGAUUGCAAUGCAAGACUUUCGGCUGGUAUUUGAAGGAGGUUUAUCCGGAAUUAGCGUUACCGGAUGAUACAGAGAAGCGACUGAAGGACAAAUGGGCCAAACUCGAGCAAAGGCCGAUGCAACCGUGGCAUUCGAGGAAAAGAAAUUAUACAGAUCAGUAUCAAAUCAGACUUUCAAAUUCUGUGCUCUGUGUUCAGAGCGAGAAAGAUAUCAAGACUAAAGGCUCGAAAUUUAUCCUGUUGCCGUGUUUAAGAAUUAAAUCACAGAUGUGGUACGAAACCGAUAAAAACGAACUAGUUCUUGGUCAAAUGCUCUGCAUGGAAGGAGCUGAGAAGAUUCCGAAACUUGGAAAGUGUCACGAAAUGGGCGGAAAUCAAGAUUGGCGUCAUAAACGCAUUAAUGGUACACCUAUCUACAACAUGGCAGCAGGAACAUGUCUGGGAGUCACUCACAAUGCUAGAAAUGCACAAGUAGUCAUGGAUCUGUGCACGAAAUCAAAUACGUCGCUAAUAACUUGGGAUCUCGUCCGCUCAAGAAUUCCAUCCAAGGAAGUUAGAUGACGUAAGAAGAAAGGUCGUAAAAAUAGGAAAAAGGAUUACGAAGACUGGCUUGGAAGAAAAUGGUAGCUUCUAUUAUAAUAAUGAAUUGUAUAUAUCCAACAAAUAAUUGUAAUUAGAAUAUUUAAUACGUUGAACUCUAAAAGGUAAUUCUAUUAGAAAACAAUAAGAAGCCAAUUAAGCUCUAAAACAAUUGAAAGUAUUGAAACAAUUGAUUAUAGGAGUUUAAUCUCUUCAGAAAAAACCAUGUAUAUAGAAACUUUCUCUUUUUGUAAUUCUCUCAAUUUUUUUGUAUACAAAAAUAUGUUUAAGUUUUCUAUUUAUAUUUGAUAAUUUUAUAUGUAAAGUUUAAGAGUGAAAAUGCUCUCUGUUAUAUUUUUUACAUAAUGUAAUAAGAACGAAAUAAAAUGGUAAAAUGGUCUGAUUUAUUUAUAAAAUAAAUUUAUGAAUAAAUUUAUUUACAAA